GGAUACUAAUGGAGCAUAGCGAACAUUAUUUUAUACACACGUCACCUACCCCAGACAAUAUAUCAGGUGCUACAGGAGUUACGAAACAGGAUUAAAUACAGCCCUCUCCUUACAACAUGGGAUGUCCAAAAAGAUUUACCGUUUCCUUCCUGGCUUUUCUGGGUUUUCUGAUUCUGUUUGGCUUUAGGACUGUUAUCACCAUUAUAAUGAUCUACGUCAUUAAAGACAACGACAAUAACAGGGCAACAAUAUAUAAAGAGUGCACCAUCAAUGGUACAGUGUUUGACCUCCAUUUAGACUGGAGUGUGGCCACUUCUCAGUAUUUUAACACGGCCUAUUUUGUGGGGCAUUUCAUCUCCCAGCUGCCGGGAGGAAUCCUAGCUGCCCGGUUCUCUCCAACAAAAUUGUUCGGUGGAGUGGUAUUUAUCAGCGGAGGGUGUUUCUGGGUUUUAGCAUUUUUAAUGAAGUAUAGUCCAGUAGUGGUGUUUGUAACUAGAUUUAUACAAGGCCUUGUAGAGGGUGUAAGUCAGCCUGCCAUGAGUUCUGUGAUUUCUGCUUGGGCUCCAAAAUCAGAACGAACAAGAAUUGUGGGAUUCUCUUUCUCAGGUAUCUAUCUGAGCACCACAGUGGCAUCUGUAAUUACCGGGGCGACCACGUGUUACGUCAGCUGGAAUUCCGGAUUCCUCAUUUACGGUAGUUUAGGCAUUGUGUGGUCACUGUUUUGGCUCUGUACGAUUUACGACAGUCCAACACUUCAUCCCUCUCUGGAAGAGAAAGAGAGUCGCAUUUUCGAGGAAGAAGGUUCUCAUGUUCAAAUUGCAUCUGCAGCUGUGGCUAGAAACGUUCCUUGGAAACGAAUUUUUUCAUCCCCUUCUGUGUGGGUAUUAUUCCUCCUUAAUUUCACACGAGCUUGGAUUGUUGCCACGAUGAUGACCGAAAUACCUCAGUAUUUUGCUGAUGUCUUUAGACUCAAUGUGGCAUCGAUUGGAUUCCUGACAGCAUUUCCUCCAGUUCUGAUGACUAUUUCUAUCAUAUUUAGUGGAAUCUUUUUUGAUAAAUUAAUCAAAACAGAAAAAGUAUCAGUCACAUUUGGCCGAAAAUUGGCAAUUUCAAUCGGGUUUGGGUCUGAGGCUGUCGCUGUCUUGGUCUUGGGUUUUGUCAGAAGUUAUUCAGUAGCGUGUGUCCUGUUAAUUAUAGGAGAAGGAAUGGCGGGAAUAGCAACUCCAAGUUAUAAAGCAAAUCCAGUAGACCUGGCACCCCAAUAUUCCAGUGUUCUGAUGGGGUUAGUGAGACUGGGUUUGUUUGGUGCCAUCACAAGUACGGCGUUGGCCGGAGCCCUCAGACGAAAGAAUGCGGAGUCUUGGAAGCAUAUAUUAGUAAUUACAGGAUCCAUGCAUUUGUUUGCGGUCAUAUGUUUUGCUGUGUUUGGAUCUGGAAGAGAACAAGAAUGGGCCAACUCAGGGUAUAAUGAAAUCAAAAUUCCAGAAGAAGAAAACAUAAGCCCUUACGGAUCUACCUCUGAAACCCAACAGUUUAAAACAGAUGUGAUUGGAAUAAAUUACAGUAAAGAUAGCAACUCUCAAAAUGACAGUGUACAUUUUAAUUAUUCUGAACAAUUACAGUCAACAAUAAAAGAAUGAAUGGAAA